CAGGGAUUGAGACAAAGCGAAUGCAUGCGGAUGGUUUCCCUAGACAAAUCUCGGGGGGCCCGGACGGAAAAACAGUUUGAGCGACUCCGUGUCCCGAGGUCCAUUUACCAGCCACGCCCAGUCUAGCCAAUCACGUCAUCCUGCAAUGACCCUCAACCCCCCAAAACGUGGGACGAACUGUGAAGAACCAUAGCCAUCCGAUUACAUGAUUCUUAUCACUGUUCCAUUGUCUGUUUAUUGCAAUGUCUAGUCAGAUUCUCAUUGUUGGCGCAGGCGCUAUUGGGGCGUUCUAUGCCUCGAGGCUGGCUCAGGUAGCCGGCACACAUGUAUCUGUUGUCUGCCGUUCCAAUUACAGUGCGGUCAAGAAGAAUGGCUUCUCCAUCAGCUCACCACAAUAUGGAGAUUAUAACUUUAUACCAUCCAAUACAUUUGCAAAUCCGGAGGAAGCCAGAGCAAGCAAAAUUCAGUGGGACUACAUUGUUGUGAGCACAAAAGCACUGCCCGACGUCAACGACGACUCGACAAUCCUCGAAGGGCUGGUGCAUGACGGUACGGCAAUAGUGCUUAUCCAGAAUGGACUCGGAGUCGAGGAGCCUUAUUCGAAACGCUUUCCCAAGGCUGCCAUUUGCAGUGCUGUUACUAUUGCCAGCUGCGCGCAACCAAGUCAUGGACAGAUCAAACACAACCGCUGGACCCGCAUAAAUAGCGGACCAUAUCUUCCCCAUCUUGAUACCGGCAAUGCACGCGACUCUGAUGCUGGGAUAAUUGAGAAGAACGACAAAUUUAUCGAGUUAUUGAAAGACGGCGGCAUUAAGGACGCGAGCGCAUAUGAUCAUGCAAAGUUGCAACUCGUGCGUUGGCACAAGAUUGCAAUCAACGCUUCCAUGAACCCAUCGUCUGUACUGUCCGGUUGCACCCCCAACCAUACCAUGUCGAAUGAUAGUGAGCUCUACCGACAUCUCAAAGGCGUGAUGGAGGAAGUGCUUGACGUCGCCCCUAAGAUACUCGGGAAGCCUCUGCCCAAAGAGUUUGCAACCCCUGAUCAGAUCCUGCGAAGCACGCAGAAGAAUACUAGUGGAAGCAAGCCUAGCAUGGCUCUAGACUGGGAGCAAGGGAAGAUUAUGGAAUUGGAAGUCAUCCUUGGCAACCCUAUCAGAAUUGCGAGAGAGCGAGGGUUUGAGAUGCCACGGCUGCAGACACUUUACGCUCUGCUUCGCAUGGCACAAGAGCAACGCGAGAAGACGAAGAUCGGGAGCAAGAUCUAGCAUCAGAUACUUUUGGGUAUAUCUUUUAUCUUGAAUUCAAUUCAUAUUUUUUUUUUAUCUCCGCUAGUGCAAGUCUACAGUGUCUUGUCGUGUAUUGGUAGUAAAACUUGAUACCAUCAUUGCAAGAAGUUUUCAACCAGUGCCAUAUCAC